AUGGCAGGUUCUGGUGUCAAUCAAGCCGUGACUAAGGAUGGAGGCGCAUACAACAAGCUCCAGCGACCGCAAGACUAUCUGAUGUCCACGUCUACUCCUCCACCGCGAAAGCACACAACACACCUCGGCCCGCCCGCCCCACCGUUCAGUAGCAAGCGAAAGCACGACAAAGCAGACGACAGCAUCCAACACAAACGCGCCAAGCUCGUCCAGACGGAAGACGUAAAUGCGAAUGCUAGGAGUUGGCCCGCAAACAAAUCAUCCCGACGCACAAAGUUUGGCAUCCAGGUGGAGCUGCCAGGUCUUGACGAAGACGGUUCAUCGGACGAUGGCAUUGGAGAAGCAUUGGCCUAUCUUCGCGAAGUGAGAUCAGAAGCAUCUGCUAUACCUGAUUUGCUGGGGUCUAGCACGACGCGUGCUCACGGCUCAAAUCAGCAUCACAGACACGCCGUUUUCCGGGAAGGCACGUGGAUAGCCAUCGAUGAGGAUCUCGAGUAUCAGAACAAGGAAGAAGGCAGCGACGAGUCGAUCGUUUCCGACCCACAAAACCGACUGCACCAACUGCUGCUCAAGCGAUUCUGCACUCUUCGUGCAGCGCUUGCAGCGGCCGCAAAUAAUGACCGUGCCACCGAAAUACCUGCGUCUCCAGGUAUAACUUCGGGAUCCUGGUUCGAUACCUUGGAGACGGAAUAUCCUAAGCUCAACCAUGUCGCACGCUUGAAAAGCACGACAUUGUAUGCUGCCCUAAAGAGAUGUGCAAAUACAAUCGAACAGGCAACAACUAUCUCCCCACAAUUCAGCUGCUGGAUAUGGACUCUACUGGCUUUGGUCGGGGAUGUCGGGACCUUGGACAACGACAAAAUCAGUAGGAUCAGGGACAUGGCGCAGAAGGCUGCACUUCUCAAAGUACGACUGUACGAAGCCAGCGCUGAUUACCGCCGACAUGAACAUGGCGUCGACGAACAAAAUGACAGCGGGUCUGUAGGCUCUGAUGACAUGUUCCUGUCCUCCCAAGGAAGCGCAAUACCAGACGGCGAGGAAGCCAUGGAUGCCCAAAAAGCACGAGAACGUCUGCUCACACAGCUAGGGGACCGCCUCGUGCAACCCCAUAUGCCGACAACAGACAUCCUUCCAGAUGUCGAGGCACAACGCUCAGAAGUAGGCGGAUCGGAAGACAGGGACGACGAACAUGAAGGUGGUGCUAGUUCUGGUCAGGGAAGCGGGCCUGACUUGAACACACGAGUCACCAUCGAUAUGAUCAUGACGAUUGUGGCAGAGUGCUUUGGGCAAAGAGAUCUUUUGAUGUAUAGACAGCGGUGGUGAGUAGCAGGCAACUUUGCGGCGGAUUUCGGUAGAGAGUUUCGUGAUACCCCACAUAGCAUUCACAUUAGAGUCUCAACUUUUACGUCUUUCA